UUUGGCGCUGCGGCAACAGACUGGCUCCACUGCCUAGAUAACUUACGCUAACUACGGACGACAGAACGGCUUUCACGCUCUGUUUUCACCGCCAGCCCUUCUUUUUUUUAACGAGAAGGGAUUUUAACUAACAAGCGACGUAUGUGUUCGGGGAGCGGCGUCUCCUCCCCGAGGUCGCGUUUGGUUCGUGCCCCCGGUUUUGGGGUAUUGUUGUGUUGUGUUUGCCCUUCCGAGGCGUGUGUGUAAAGAGGCCCGCAGUCUGGUGUCUGUGUGGGACUGAAUUCAGCACGGGAAUGAUGUAGCUGCGGGGCUCCGGCGGCUAAAUUCAACUGGACUUGUUCACAUUUCUUUCUUUUUUUUUUUUUUUUGUAUUUUUGUUUUAUGUUUUUAAUUUCACUUCAUAAAACUGGAACCUCCUGGCGCUGUUUAUGAAGAGUGACUCAAGUAUCACAAGGAGGAAACAGACGAUUUAGAUGAGCAGAUCCAAGCGACCUUGUGUGGACAGUAAUGACCGCACGCUUCCGAUUGCCUGCCGGCAGAACCUACAAUGUACGAGCAUCGGAGCAGGCGCGGGACAGACAGCACACAGAGGUGCUCUGUAAUGUACUCCUCCUGGACAACUCUGUGCAAGCUUUCAAAGUUAAUAAGCACGAUCAAGGACAGAUCCUGUUGGAUCUAGUCUUCAAACAUCUUGAAUUGACUGAAAGAGACUACUUUGGAUUGCAGCUGGCAGAUGAUUCUACUGACAGUCCGAGGUGGCUGGAUCCAAACAAACCCAUUAGGAAGCAAUUAAAAAGGGGAUCUCCUCAUUGUUUGAACUUUAGAGUCAAAUUCUUUGUAAGUGACCCAAAUAAACUACAGGAAGAGUACACUAGGUACCAGUAUUUUUUGCAGCUGAAGCAAGAUAUUCUCACUGGAAGGUUACCUUGUCCGCACAACACUGCAGUGCUUCUGGCAUCCUAUGCUGUUCAGUCUGAACUGGGGGACUGUAACCAGUCAGAGCACUUGCCUGGCUACCUCGCCGAUUACUGUUUCAUCCCAAACCCUCCUCAAGACUUUGAAAAGGAAGUUGCAAAACAACAUCAGCAACAUAAAGGCUUGUCUCCGGCAGAGGCAGAACUGAACUAUGUUAAUACAGCGCGCACAUUAGAAUUCUACGGAGUCGAAUUGCACUAUGCAAGGGAUCAAAGUAACACUGACAUUUUGAUUGGAGUCAUGUCAGGAGGGGUUGUAAUUUAUAAGAACAGGGUACGAAUCAACUGCUUUCCAUGGUUGAAGAUUGUAAAAAUAUCUUUUAAAUGUAAACAGUUUUUUAUUCAGCUCCGAAGAGAACUGCAUGAAUCUAGAGAAACGUUAUUGGGGUUUAACAUGGUCAACUAUCGCGCUUGCAAGAAUCUGUGGAAAGCUUGUGUGGAGCAUCACACAUUCUUCCGCUUGGACAGGCCUCUGCCUCCACAGAAGAACUUUUUUGCACAUUACUUCACGUUGGGUUCAAGGUUCCGGUAUUGUGGCAGGACAGAAGUACAAUCUGUGCAGUAUGGCAAAGAAAAAGGUAUCAAGGACAGAGUUUUUGCCAGGUCCCCGAGUAAACCAUUGUCCCGGAAGCUGAUGAGUGGGAUGGACUGGGAUACGGUGAGCCGGAAUUCCCUUUCGGAUGAGCGGCUGGAGACACAGAGCCUCCCCACACGCUCCCCCCCUGGAACCCCUAACCAUAGGAACUCCAUGUUUGCACAAGAAGGAACCCGCUUACGACCGUCUUCUGUUGGACAUUUGGUUGGCCACCUGAUCCACACGUCACCAAGUCAAAUCUUUGCCAACCACAAAUCCCCCUCCUCCACACAAGCAAACAGUAUCAGCCUGGACUCCUCCUCCCCGUCACAAGAUACAACAAUAGAUGGCCAGCCUCCAGCACUACCGCCCAAGCAGUCUAAAAAGAACAGCUAUAACCAGAUCAAUCAGUGCCACUCCCAGCAGGAGCUGGAUAACCACAUUCAUGAAAUGUAUGAUGUCCCUGUCGCAUCAGAAAAAGCAGUGCUAAAUGGUGUCGUUCCGCAUGACAAUCUUGUCCUGAUCAAAAUGAGUCCAGAUGGAAAUGGCAGGUUUGGGUUUAAUGUGAAGGGAGGUUCUGAUCAGAAAAUGCCUGUGAUUGUGUCUCGAGUGGCACCUGGAACAUCGGCAGACCUGUGUGUCCCUCGUCUGAAUGAAGGUGAUCAGGUUGUACUGAUCAACGGCAGGGAUAUAUCAGAGCACACCCAUGACCAGGUCGUCAUGUUUAUUAAAGCAAGCUGUGAGAGCCAUUCUGGGGAGCUUAUACUACUGGUGCGACCCAACGCCAUGUAUGAAGUAGUGGAAGAGAAGCUGGAGAACGAGCCAGAUUUCCAAUACAUCCCAGAGAAAUCCCCCGUGGAUGGAGCACUCCUGGAUGACAAUGCGCUGAGAGAGUCCAUGUUGCAGCUACGGGAAGGGCUGAGCAGCGGAACUGUUCUGCCUCACUUUGAUCAACUUUACAGGAAAAAGCCUGGAAUGGCAAUGUCUUGUGCCAGAUUACCUCAGAACAUUCCCAAAAACCGAUACAGAGACAUCUCACCUUAUGAUGCAACACGGGUUAUUCUACAGGGUGCAGAUGACUACAUCAAUGCAAAUUAUAUCAACAUGGAAAUCCCUUCUUCCAGCAUCAUAAACCGGUACAUCGCCUGCCAGGGUCCUCUGCCCAACACAUGUUCAGAUUUCUGGCAGAUGACUUGGGAACAAAGCUCCUCCAUGGUGGUGAUGCUGACCACUCAAGUGGAGCGUGGCAGGGUAAAGUGUCACCAAUACUGGCCAAACCCUGGUGGAAGUGCUCAGUACGGCAACUACCAGAUCACUUGUCUGUCAGAAGAAGGAAAUUCAGCCUUCCUGUUCAGAGAGCUGACUUUCACACACUCAGAGACUGCGGAGAGCCGGGCGCUGACUCAGAUCCAGUACAUGGCGUGGCCGGACCAUGGCGUUCCUGACGACUCCAGUGAUUUCCUUCACUUUGUGAGCCUGGUGCGGAACAAGAGAGCAGGCAAGGAUGAGCCAGUUAUUGUUCAUUGCAGUGCUGGUAUUGGUCGGACUGGAGUCCUCAUCACCAUGGAGACAGCGAUGUGUUUGAUUGAGUGCAAUCAGCCGGUGUAUCCAUUAGAUAUUGUGAGAACAAUGAGGGAUCAGAGGGCUAUGAUGAUUCAGACACCAAGCCAGUACAGGUUUGUUUGUGAAGCUAUCUUGAAGGUGUAUGAAGAGGGAUUGGUUCACCCUUUAAAGUCCACACUGUACGAGUAACCCAAGGACACGACGACUCACUGCAGAGAGCUGUCCGUGUGUUUCACCCUGAAGACUGAAUUGCCAGCAGCAUUUCUGGGUGCUAUAAUCGGCUUUCACGAAACACUGCCUAGAGAUAUCAACGAGCGGAAGAGCUUGGAUUUUUGGAGAAAAUUUAGCACUAUUGCACUUUAUGUUAAAAAGAAAAACAAAUACUAGAUGAUGAAUGCGUUUUGAUUGAGAAAAUAUUUUAAUAAUGUGCUUCUUUCUAAGGUGAUAGGUACUUUUAGGAUAAAGAGGCUCCAGGGUAAAUCCAAUUUAAAUAUUUUAAUAAUGUGCUUCUUUCUAAGGUGAUAGGUACUUUUAGGAUAAAGAGGGUUCAGGGUAAAUCCAAUUAAAAUAUUUGGCUGUAGUGCCAUAAAGGUGAGGGUAGCCCUAGCAGAUAACCCUAUUUACUUAUGUUAAUGUGUAGUUUGCCUGCCAAUUCAUUUAAAUCUUAAAGAUUUAUAUAUGCCUUUUCUUCAUAAUUUGCAACAAAAAAAUAUAUAUUUUUUGGAUUUUAAUUUGGUUAGUUUAAUUCAGUUUCCUCGAAGGAGUAAAAGUCUGAAAAAUACCAUUUAAAAACAAAGAAGAAAUCCUGCUGAUUCUUUAGUAAGAUGAGGCAGUUGUAACAUUAGAUAAUGUUUGCUUGUCACUUGAAAUAACCAAUAGUAAGGUACUGACUAACACUGGUACUGGGGAAGCACUUUUGCUGCACAGUAUGUGUCUGACUUGCCUUGGGCAGCAAGAUAAUGCCUCUUGUUCUAUUGGCAGUUUGUUUGGAUUAGCUGUGGCUGGUACAUAUUUUUACAGUGAUUUGGCAAGUAUCAUUUCUAAUACCGAAUGCUGUUAAUGUAUUCAUAAAUACACAAGUGUGCUUUUCUAUUUUCAAACCCUUCCUGCGCUCUGAGCUCUGCGCCUCUUUCUAUCUUUUCAAUAGGUGUGCUGCUUGGAAUCUCACCAUGUUUUUGAAGAUACUGGUAAAAAUCCUUUACAUCGAAGCUACCACACACACAGAAACCCAGCUGAAGCUUGUUUAAAUAAGCUCUUGUGAUUGGUUUGUGAAGUUAAGACACAUCAAAAACUGGAGAUAUAUAGGCAAUUCAGAAUAUUUUAUUUGAAUAUUGGUUAUUGAAUAUUUGUGUGUAGUGCAAUUAUUAUAUGCUUUGGCUGGGUUGUUGUGUGGAUGAUCAUGUAUCGUAGAUUAUAAGUUAUUUAUGUUGGUUCCCUUUUUAGUGGUACUACACCUUUUACAUGUUGCUUAAAUAGUUUUUUUCUCUCAAUGCUCUUAUUGUUUGUCCAGAUUUACAAAUAUGAGUGCGCUUUCCUUUUAGUAAAUUAUUACAUAUGUUGUAAUGGUAAUCCGAUCCAACAAGUGGCACUGUUAUACAGAAGAAAAAAAAAAAAAAAUAUAUAUAUAUAUAUAUAUAUAUAUAUAUAUAUAUAUAUAUAUAUAUAUAUAUAUAUAUAUAUAUAUAUAUAUAUAUAUAUAUAUAUCCAUCCAAAAUCUGUACAGGUUGAGCUUUGAUUGCAGUAUUUUCUGGAAUGAGAUCUUGAUUUUCUUUGAACAUGAAUGGAUGUCACUUUGUAGCUUUUGAAAGUUUGGUUAAAUGUGGAAAAGUUUCAUUCAUAAGAUUAUUUCCAUUCCAGAAACACAACUAGAUCCUUAUCCGGUUUGUUUUGUGCACAUUACCUAGGCCCAAAGGUUAAAACAAAGUCUUUGUAUGCUGUAUCCUAUCCAAGUAGCGAUGCCACCCCAUAAACGCUUUACCUGCACAGCAUGUUGAGUUGUCUUGGUACGCUGUGACUGAAGGACACAUGCUUUGGAUGACUGCGUUGUCUAUAGAUUCCAGGGGACAUACCCUGUCAAAGACAAGCAAGCAGUUUGCAGAUGAGAAAGUGAACUAAACUGAACAACGUCUUGCACUGAAGCAGCUACCGCACGUGCAUGUAUUUACACCCAGGAAAGAAAAAAGAAAAAAUCAUGAACAUUUCACAUUUUUGAUUUUGUUCAAACCUACAGACCUUGUAAAAAUGCCUUGUAAUGUAAUGAUUUUAAAUUCAUAUUUAAUCUUAUUAAUAGUCUGGUUAGAGAUUUGUUUAGCUAAUAGUGAUGCUUACAUGGCCUGCUACUGUUAUAGACAGUGAUCCGGAAGUGAAAUCUCUUCUUUUUUUAUAAUAACCCCAGAAAAAGACAUUAGAAAAGUAGCUUCAGUCCCAGGAUUUAAGAUACUUACAAUAUUAAUUUGCUUAAUGAAUAUAUGAAAUUAUCUGUAUUUAUAGACUGGGUAGUAUCUUGCAAAUGUUUUAUCAGAGUUAAGUAAUACAUGCAGCAAGUGUUUCUGUUUUCUUUUCUUUAUUUAUUUAGCAUUUAUUAUAGCGCCUUUUAACCAAGGUGCUUUACAAGUUUUUAGAAAUUGUACAAACUGAAAAAAUGGGUGAAGAAAGAGGGUAAGAUUAUUGGGGUAGGGUGAGGAGAUUAAUAGCUAUACGAAGGCAGGGGCCAGAAGGUCGGGCAGGCAAGGUCAUAACAGGAGGUCGGGGGCCAGCAGUAAGGGUAGGAUGGGCUAAGGAGAAAAGGUGAGUUUUAAGGGAGGAGUGAAAAGUGCGUAGAGUUUAUUUUUGCCAGCUUGAAACUCCCUGGCCCCGCUGUAAAUACGUGGUAGUUGAGGUGGGGCCUGACAACUUCAGUUGGUUUAACUUUCACACUAUUUUGUAACACGCUCAUUGUAAUGUGUUUGAACUGAAUGCCUAAUGACAAUAGCAAGCCUCUCUAGGGUCUUUUUGGUUUUAAAAGGACUGUUUGUGUCUUUCUUUUUCAAAUGAUCUAGUUGCCAUUUGUGAAAAUAAUGUUUUUAAGACUAUAUAACAUAAACAGUAUGAUUUGGUUCUUCAAUUUUUCCCUUAUUGAAAAAAAAUAUAUAGACUAGCAUAACCCUUCUGAUUGUAUGGAGCCAAGCUGUUUGACAUUUCUCUAGGUUUUUAAAUAUUGAUUGCAUGGAGAAGCUGAUUUUAUAGUAGUAACCCCACUCGUACGGUGCUGCCGUUGGCUUCCAUGUUCUGGAAAUAUUGUAACUGCACAGUCUUUCAGAAUGAGCUUUUUUUAAAUGUUUUUUAGGGGGGUACAGACUGUGCUUUUGAGUCAGUUGUAUUAAGUUAUUGAAUGUGUUGCAUUCGUAUCUGCAGAGCAGUUGUGUUUACAGUACACAUGCCGUUUAUGCCACACGUGUCCAGGGUGCCAGUCAAUGGGUUAUUAGUUCUAUGGGGGACUAGUGCAGGAGUAAGGGCUCCCAGGGGGCUGUUGAAUCCACUGCUCCAUUGCUUUGAAAUAUGUUGCUUUGUUUGUGACGACAAAUAUAAGAUAGCCUUCAUCAGUGUGAUCAUAACAUUUUUAAUAAUAAAAUCACCCUGACUCCACGAAUAAUUUAUCAAAAUGAACCCAUUAAAAGUAACUGUUGCGUUUGUGCACAAGUGUGGUGUAAAUAGGCUUUAAUAAGUAGCUACUAUGGAAUAGACAAUACAGACGUUGUGAAAAUCUGUGUACCUUACUGAGAGUCUAAAGGAGGAUAGAAACAUUCUGUGUUCUUUUAAAUGGUGUGUCAUGCUGUAUAAAUAAUUGAAUGUAUCAGUCUUUCAGACGGGAGAAGUUUAAAAAAGAUUAGAGUAACGACUUGGAUUUUAAGGAAAUAUUUUUCAUACCAUUUGUAAAAA